ACAUUCAGUUUGCAAAAUGUCGGCUCGUCGUGUUAUAUGGAGUAUAAUUUCCUGCUCUUUCCUCAUACUUGCCAUCAGAGGGCAGGGAAUGAUAGGCACAGGAAAGUGGACCAUGGUGGUAGCUCAGAAUUGUUCUAGAGACGCGGAGAUGCCACACAAGAUGUAUAUGCACAAGCACAAGCUGAACCGCACACAUGUCUCCUUCGACCUCGGCGCGACCAUUCCAGAAGUCAUCGACAACUCUAUCGCUGUUCGCGUAGAUAUAAAAAGGAAAGUGGACGGAGCAUGGAAACAGUACAUGAUUUGGGCCGAUGACUGCCUGCCAUGUGCCUGCAAACAAUUUGCAGGAAAAAACAUGAAGCGGGGCUUUGAAGCCGCUGGGAUAGAUCCGCCAGACUUCCCCAUCCCUAAAGGACGAUAUGACGUCCAUCAGUUCAUCGUGGAUUCGAACGGGCUUCCCAAAUACGGCAUGUACGGAGAGUGGCUUGCGGACGCCUACGUAGUGAAGGACGGAAAGGACAUGGCUUGCCAGCAGGUAGUGAUGACGUACGAGAAGACGGAUUUCUAUUAAAUUACAA